CCCGCCCCGCCGCGCCCGCGCCUGGCGCCCGCGCCUCAGCACCGGCGGGGCCGCGCGGCGCAUCCUGCGGGCGGCAGCGGCGGCGGCGGCGGUGGCGGGAGGCCGGGCGCAAGAUGAUGAAGUUUCGGUUCCGCAGGCAGGGCGCCGACCCGCAGCGCGAGAAGCUCAAGCAGGAGCUCUUCGCCUUCCACAAGACCGUGGAGCAUGGCUUCCCCAACCAGCCCAGCGCCCUGGCCUUCGACCCUGAGCUUCGCGUCAUGGCCAUCGGCACCCGGUCUGGGGCCGUCAAGAUCUACGGUGCCCCCGGCGUGGAGUUCACGGGCCUGCACCGAGACGCGGCCACCGUCACCCAGAUGCACUUCCUGCCUGGCCAGGUGAGCCUCAGCCCGCCGCCGGCCCCCGUGAACCCCGUGCCCCCCGCCCCGCCGCAGGCCGGCUCAGUCCUGGUCGGGCUCGUCCGCCAGGGCCGCCUCCUGACCCUGCUGGACGACAGCAGCCUCCACCUGUGGGAGGUCGUGCACCACGGUGGCCGUGCCCGCCUGGAGGAGGCCCUCAGCUUCCAGCCGCCGGGUCGGCCGGGCUUUGACGGUGCCAGCGGCCCGCCCAGCCUCAGCCGCAUCACCGUGGUGCUGCUGGUGGCCGCCGGUGACGUGGCAGCCCUGGGCACCGAGGCCGGGAGCGUCUUCUUCCUGGAUGUUCCCACCCUGACGCUGCUCGAACAGCAGACCCUUGGCCCGGACGAAGUUCUGCGAAGUGUGCCCGAGGACUGCCGGUGUGGGAAGGCGCUGGGCCCCGUGGAGUCGCUGCAGGGACACCCGCGGGACCCCAGCAAGAUCCUCAUCGGCUACAGCCGCGGCCUGCUGGUCAUCUGGAACCAGGCCGCGUGGUGCGCCGACCGCGUCUUCCUGGGGAGCCAGCAGCUGGAGAGCGUGUGCUGGGAGCGCAGCGGCCACAGGCUGGUCAGCUCGCACAGCGACGGCAGCUACGCCGUCUGGGCCGUAGAUGCUGGCGACUCCCCGACGGCGCAGCCCGCCGUGGCCGCCACGCCCUACGGCCCCUUCCCCUGCAAAGCCAUCAGCAAGAUCCUGUGGCGGAGCUGUGCGUCCGGCGCGCCCUUCGUGAUCUUCAGCGGCGGCCUGCCCCGCGCCAGCUGCGGCGACCGGCACUGCGUGAGCGUGCUGCAGGCCGAGACCCUGGUGGCGCUGGACUUCACCUCCCGCGUCGUGGACUUCUUCACGGUGCACAGCGCGCGGCCCGAGGACGAGUUCGACGAGCCCCAGGCGCUGGCCGUGCUGCUCGAGGAGGAGCUGGUGGUGCUGGACCUGCAGGCGCCCGGCUGGCCGGCUGUGCCCGCCCCGUACCUGGCGCCCCUGCACUCGUCCGCCAUCACCUGCUCCGCCCACGUGGCCAGUGUCCCCGCCAGGCUGUGGGCCCGCAUCGUGAGCGCCGGCGAGCAUCAGAGCCCCCAGCCGGCCUCCAGCGCCUCGCGCUGGCCCAUCACCGGAGGCCGGAACCUGGCUCAGGAGCCGUCCCAGCGAGGCCUGCUGCUGACCGGCCACGAGGACGGCACUGUGCGGUUCUGGGACGCGUCCGGUGUGGCCCUGCGGCCGCUUUACAAGCUGAGCACGGCCGGCCUCUUCCAGACGGACUGCGAGCACGCGGACGGCCUGGCCCAGGCUGCCGAGGACGACUGGCCGCCCUUCCGCAAGGUGGGCUGCUUCGACCCCUACAGCGACGACCCACGGCUGGGCGUGCAGAAGGUGGCGCUCUGCAAGUACACGGCCCAGAUGGUGGUGGCCGGCACUGCGGGCCAGGUGCUGGUGCUGGAGUUAAGCGAUGAGCCGGCCGAGCAGGCGGUGGGCGUGGCCAGCGUGGACCUCCUCCAGGACCGCGAGGGCUUCACGUGGAAGGGCCACGAGCGCCUGAGCCCGCGCACGGGGCUGCUGCCCUGGCCGGCCGGCUUCCAGCCCCGCGCGCUGGUCCAGUGCCUGCCGCCAGCCGCGGUCACCGCCGUCACGCUCCACGCCGAGUGGGGCUUGGUGGCCUUCGGCACGAGUCACGGCUUCGGCCUCUUUGACUACGUGCGCAGGAGCCCCGUGCUGGCCAGGUGCACCCUGCACCCCAAUGACUCCCUGGCCAUGGAGGGGCCGCUGUCCCGCGUGAAGUCGCUGAAGAAGUCUCUGCGCCAGUCCUUCCGGCGCAUCCGCAAAAGCCGCGUGUCGGGCAAGAAGCGCGUGCCGGCCGCCGGCAGCAAGGUGCAGGAAGCCAACGCGCAGCUGGCGGAGCAGGCCGGCCCCCACGACGUGGAGGUGACGCCCGUGCAGCGCCGCAUCGAGCCCCGCUCGGCCGACGACUCCCUCUCGGGCGUCGUGCGCUGCCUCUACUUCGCCGACACCUUCCUUCGAGACGCGGCCCACCACGGCCCCACCAUGUGGGCGGGCACCAACGCGGGCUCCGUGUUCGCGUACGCGCUGGAGGUGCCGGCGGCGGCGGGCAGCGAGAAGCGGCCGCAGCGGGCAGUGGAGGCCGUGCUGGGCAAGGAGGUGCAGCUGAUGCACCGCGCGCCUGUGGUGGCCGUCGCCGUGCUGGACGGGCGCGGCCGCCCGCUGCCGGAGCCCUACGAGGCCUCGCGGGACCUGGCGCAGGCGCCCGACAUGCAGGGCGGCCACGCCGUGCUCAUCGCCUCCGAGGAGCAGUUCAAGGUGUUCACGCUGCCCAAGGUGAGCGCCAAGACCAAGUUCAAGCUGACAGCCCACGAGGGCUGCCGUGUACGCAAGGUGGCCCUGGCCACCUUUGCCAGCGUGGCCUGUGAGGACUACUCCGAGACCUGCCUGGCCUGCCUCACCAACCUGGGGGACGCGCACGUGUUCUCGGUGCCCGGCCUGCGGCCCCAGGUGCGCUACGCCUGCAUCCGCAAGGAGGACAUCAGCGGCAUCGCCUCGUGCGUCUUCACGCGCCACGGCCAGGGCUUCUACCUGAUCUCCCCGUCGGAGUUUGAGCGCUUCUCUCUGAGCGCCCGAAACAUCACCGAGCCGCUUUGCUCUCUGGACAUCCGUUGGUCCCGUGAUGCCACGUGUGCUAGCUUCAGGCCCCGAGAGUCGCCCAAGCUGAGCCAGGCUAACGGGACCCCGGGCAUCGUCCUGGCCCCACAGAGCCGCGACGGAAGCCCUGAUCCUGUCCGCAGCAAGGGAGCUGACACCCCGGAGCCGCCCGAGGCCACACUGUCACCCGUGUCCCUGGACUCGGCCACCAGUGCUGACACCACGCUGGACACGACCGGGGACGUGACAGUGGAGGACGUGAAGGACUUCCUGGGCUCCUCAGAAGAAUCUGAGAAGAACCUGCGGAACCUGGCGGAAGACGAGGCUCGAGCCUGCGCCAUCCUGAUCAAAUGAGGCGCUGCAGGAAGGCCAGAACUGCCAGGCCACCCUCUGCCCUGCUCGGAGCUGGGAGCCAGGACCCGGUCCUGCAUGGAGACCUGCCCCUGUGAACCCCAGGCUCCACCGGGAUCUGGCCCUCGGGCGUGGGGCCCUGUCCGGAGCCUCGUGGAUUCAGACCGGCCCCGCCUGUAGGCGCAGGCUCCCCAGGAAGUCAGGAGCCACAGGGGAAGGCAGCUGGGGCUCGCGGCCCACCGCCUCCCAGGCCGCACGGCCGUCCUUGCUCUCCUUGUGCAAAGAGUAUUUUUCUAACACCUGUGUUGGGUGCCACAGUCAUUUCUAAAACUAUUUUGGUACUUGCUCCCGGGCCAGCACCUGCCCCCCGGCCUGUGCACGUGUGUGUGUGUGUGUGUGUGUGUGUGUGUGUGUGUGUGUGUGUGUGUGUGUGAGAGAGAGAGACUGAGCGCUCCACUGGGCCACCAGGACUGGGGCCGGGACAGAGGUGUGUGUGCGCGGGGGCGGGGGGGGGGUCAGGAGGGAUUUCCCUGUAGAUUGUACCCUGGGGCUUUUUUCUGUCAUUUUGUUAAAAUUAGCGAUUUUAAUAUUAAAAAUACUGAUUUUUAAUAUUGAAAAUAAAAGCAUUUACUAUCUCUUAA